AUGUUCAAAUCUGCAGUUAUUGUUUUAGUGCGAAAUGGAUCCAACGAAGAAAAUGAUAGAAUUAAUACUUACUUAAGUUCCCAGCUUAGUUUAAUAAACUUCCAAACAAUAAAAACAGUAGUGGCCAACGAAGAAGAAAAAGAGUUGACUGAAAAACUCACUAAUUUUUCAAAGGAAUGUGAUAUAAUUCUCCUUGUAGGUAAUCCAAAUAACAUAUUGUUUAAAAGUUUAAGUGACGUGUGCUACAAUGAGACCAAAUCACACGAAGAAAUUACAAAAAAAUAUACUACAGAUAAAGAUUUCAUGUUACCAAGUCAUGCUAAGCUUCUUGCACAUCCUGCUUUAUCUUUCCCUGUGAUACACUUACAAAGAAUAUUUAUAUUAAAGAGGGGUAUAGUGGAAAUUCAGUUUUCUCACGCUUUACAAUCACAUCUUCAAAAAUAUACAUCCGAAAUGCUUUUCACAAAAACGAUUAGAGUACAUUUAAAUGGGAAUAGCGCCAAAAUUCUGGACAAUCUACAAAACGGGGCGAACGUGAAGCUACAUGUCGAAGAUUCCACUUCGAUUCUUACAGUAGCUAGUGCAAAAUUAGAAGCUGUCGUUGGUUGUGAAAAAUUACUGAAAAACGAGCUGGGUGAAAAUUUUUUCGAAUCCAGCAUUUUCUCUGAUAGUCUGAAAGAAAUCUACGAAUCGGAUGAUGACAAUAUUCGUAACAGCAUAAGGGUAAUAAAGGAGAGUUUCUAUUUAUACGGUCCUGAAAACAUAUUUCUAAGUUUCAACGGCGGCAAAGAUUGUACAGUAUUAUUACAUUUAGUUUAUGCUGUUUUGAAAACAAAUUUUCCCGAUUUUAAGACUCCGAUAGUUUGUUUGUACGUUAAGGGCAACGAAGCGUUCGAAGAACAAGACAAUUUCAUAUCGCUUUGUGAAACUUAUUACAAUUUGAAGAUAUUCGAAUAUACUGUAGGCAUCAAGUCGGCCCUUCAGGAAAUCCUGUCUAAGGAACCGCAUUUUAAAGCUGUACUUAUGGGAACCAGAAGGACUGAUCCUUAUUCUCAGCAUUUAAACGUCUUUCAGAUGACCGAUGCUGAUUGGCCUCAGAUCAUGAGAAUCAGCCCACUUUUAGAUUGGCGGUAUACGGAUAUUUGGGAUUAUUUGCUCUUAUACAAAGUCCCCUAUUGUAAGCUCUACGAUUUGGGAUACACUUCAUUGGGAAGUUCUGCUAAUACUAUUCGAAAUCCAGCGUUGACUUAUUAUGAUGCAGAAAAACAGGAAACUAGGUAUUUACCCGCUUAUAAAUUACUGAAUGAGAUUGAAGAACGGAGCGGUCGAAACGUUCGAAAAUAA